ACCGGAAGCCGGAAGCGUUUACAACAGGAAGUUGAGGCUACUUCCGGGCUAGCUGACGAGCUAACGAGCUAACUGACUGAGCAGAGAGAGUCUGAAGCUCAACAACAAGCAGCGUGGGGUCGUUUCUCUCAGUUUGUGUCUUUCUCAGGAGUCAGGAUGAGUCUGCAGUGGACGGCGGUGGCCACCUUCCUGUACGCCGAGGUCUUCUUUGUUCUGCUGCUCUGCAUCCCAUUCAUCUCAGCUAAGAGGUGGAGUAAGAUCUUCAAGUCUCGGAUCAUCCAGACCAUCGCUCUCUAUGGAAACACGUCAUUCAUGGUGGCUAUCGCCAUCCUCAUCUUCCUGCUCAUCGAUGCGUUCCGUGAGGUGAGGAAAUACAGCGUGACGGAGAAGGUGGAUCUGACCAACAACCCGACGGCCAUAGAACACAUCCACAUGAAACUGUUCAGAGCUCAGAGGAACGAGUACAUCGCCGGCUUCGCCCUGCUGCUCUGCCUGUUGCUGCGUCGUCUUGCCACUCUGCUCUCCCAGCAGGCCACGCUCAUGGCCACCAACGAAGCCGUCCAGAAGCAGGCGGAGGGCGCUGCCAACGCCGCCAAGAAAUACAUUGAUGAAAACGAGGAGCUGCAAGAGAAACUCCGUAAUGCUGGCAUCGAGAUCCCGGAGGUCGGGAAGAAAAUAACAGGACCACAGGAGGAGAACAAGAAUCUGAAAGAGGAGGUGAAGACCCUGAAGGCGGAGCUGGACAACACCAAGAAAGCUCUGCAGAAGUCAGACAGUGACGUUCGUGCGAUGAAGAAACAGUCCGAGAAUCUGACGGUGGAGUACGACAGACUGCUGGAGGAACACAGCAAACUGCUGGCAACCAGCGACAAGAAAUCAGACUGAGGAUGAAAACGGUUUCCAGCUUCUCUCAUCGUCAUCUUCAUCAUCGUCACCAGCGAUGUGAUGUCGCUUCCUUUUUUGGGUUAGCUGACGUCGGCGGGCUGUGAUUUGGUUAUUAUAAGUGGUUUAAAAAAAUAUAUCUGAUUGUCGGAGCUUAAAAAAAAAAGAUUGUCGGUUGUCUGUGAAACUUUUUUUCCAACUACGAGGUUUUUUUGUUUUCUGUUUAUUUUGAGUUGAUUUACUGAGAAACAUCAAAUCUGAUCUGAUCAUUCCCUGCUUCCUGCCGCUGCAGAGCAAAACAGACUCAACUUUAAUCAUGUUUUAUUCCAAAAUCUGAGGUCCAAUGUUUUUUAAGACACCUGCUCUCCUGUGUUGUCAACUAGAAUCUAAAUAUUGCACAUUGUGUAUUAAAAUCAGGAGUGUAAAGUGUCCAGGAAUCACCCAGUGAAUAUCAUUGAGAACCUGCAGUAUGGAAGUCACUUCGUAUGAGCCAAACUUAACAUCAGUAUCUCCUCAUAUCUGUGGUUUCUUUACUUUGAAAAUGUUCCCACAAGCCUUUUUAGCACCAGUGAACUUUAACAUCCUGCGGUUGUUAACACCGAUUGAACAGCUACAGACAAAAUACAACAUGCAGUAAAAUAAAAGACUAAAUAUGGACCACACUUUUGUUUUGCUCGUACAAAGUGAUCCGUCUGUAGUCGAUCUGUCUUUGUCGUGAUAAACACGGGUGGUUUCAAGAAUUUCUUUUUGUUAUCGGCUUGUUUUUUGGUUUCAUUAGUUAACGGUUUAUUUUUUUUGUGUUGAAGGUUUAAUGUCUUGUUUUGUGUCUUUGAGAUGGAGAUCUUCUCUGGAGGUGUUUGGCUUUCUGAGUCCAGUCUGCUUUAAACCAUCAAACCAUCUUUACAUUGAAUAUCUCCGUCUGGAAGCCUCUCCAUUCACAGAUAUUGUUGUUGUUUGGAUGGAAACGCAUGUGUGAUAUUUGUUCGAUAGAAGUCGAGAGUGUAAAGUUUAAACAGGCACGCAGCUGUGACAGAUUAAAACACGAGUUAACGGACAAAAUGCACAACAUCAUAUCUGCUGUCAUUAUGUUUAGCUGAGCUGAUCAGGAGUCGGAGUUCAACACUUUGACCAAAGAUUUGGUACAAAAAAGAAAUUGUUAGCACAUGAUCUUUUGAAUUUUUCUGUUCACAUGAUAAUUAUUCACUCAUCAUAUCUGUUAUUGUUGGAUGGUGUAUUAGGGCUAUUGUACGGGGGAAAAAAUGAUUUACAGAGUCGGGGGGAGGGGGUAAUAUUCAGAGGAAAAACUCAGAAUUAAAUUCAUAAAUUUACAAGAAAUAAUUCAAAUCGGUAUGUUGUUUUCUUCUAAAUAGGCCCAAUUCCGAUUUUUUUUUUUUCUCGUAAAUUUGUGACUGUAUAACCUCAGACAAUAUUACAUUUUUUCUCGUAAAUUUGAGUAUUUCUCGUUAAUUCAAGACUUUAUAAUCUUGGACAAUAUAAAAAAAUGUUGGUAUCGUAAAUCUUUUUUUUUUCCCGUAAAUUUACAAUUUCAUAAUUUCAGAUAAUAUACAUUUUUUUCUCGUAAAUUUGAGUACUUUCUCAUAAAUGUAUAACAUUAUAAUCUCAGACAAUAUAACAUUUUUUUGUAGCGUAAAUUUGUGUUUUUUUUUUUUCUCUACAAUCUUAUACGCUGUCGUAGUUAUUGUCUUAUUUGUGAACAAAAACAAACUUAUUUCCUCCACUGAUGUUAAUCAGUCAGCUCAGCCUCAUACUCCGAGACACCGAAAGGUCACAGUGGGAAUUUAGUUUUUCUAAAUUACUUUUGCAUUACUUCCUGAUACGAGAUGCUGGAUUACCAUCCAGGCAGAGUAGCCAAGAGCCCCAAAGGGCCCCAGUUUCCAUGUGUGCCACUAAAACUGUCGGGGCCUUCAGGUUGCUGAUGCCGUCUGUGAUGUAGUUGAUAUCAGGUUUACAUAGUCCAUAUUCCCUCGUAUAUUAAUAGGGCCCACAGCACACACAAUACAGCACCUUUUUCCUUCCCUCUAAUCUCUGGAGGAAGGACAAACUACAUCCAAAGAUCAUCUUUUUUCUGCUUCAGAGGAAAUGCAAGAAUUCAGAAACAAAAAUUCCCACUGCAACCGUUCGGAGGAUCUGUAAUCGGUUUGACUUUUUAAUCUUAUCCAGAUUUCGAACUUCCAGAAAUCCCUAUAAACAGUUUGUCACGGCUGUGCUACGGCUAAUGUAGGGUUGAGUCCACGCAGUUCUCACUCCAUGUCUGUUUCUUUCACUUUUAUGUUUACGUAUAAUUUCGACGCGCACAUUAUAGCAUGACACAACUUUUUGCUGUACUUUGUUUUUUUUCUCGUGAUACAUCUUUAAGAAACGUUCGGUGUGAUGACGCUCAGACAGAUUCACCUUUACUGCUUUAUAAAGAAACAUAAAUAUAUAUAGCUAAAAUGAAUGAGACAUGGCUGCAGGCUGAUUCAGUGAAGCUUCUGUGGUUAUUCAGCAGCAUUCAGACCAAACCUCAGGCUAAUAUUCCUGUUUUUAAACAUGUUUGUGAGGACAGUGUUCGUUUGUUUUUUCUUGUUUCUUUUUCACGUGUAAUUUUUGAAGAUGGUUAACUUGUGUUAAACUCUAGAGGACGCUGUUCAGAGGGAUCAUUUCUGAGGUGAACUGUAUCUGGACUCAUCAGUCAUGAAUGAAGUGCUGAAAUAAACCACCAAAGGAGCUUC